UAAGAAUCAAGUUCGUACUCAACAUUGAAAGAAAAAAAUAGGAGUUUGAUCACGAAUUAAAAUCGCACGACUUUUGAACAAAACUGUCGAUAAAUCAUUGGCCAGACAUUUCUCUACUUUAGAAGAUGUUAGGAAUUGGAAGUUUGUGGAAUUUUAUUAAGCGUCACAAACGAAAAUUUAUAUUUGGUGGCAUUCUUGCCGGAGGUGGAACAUAUUUUUACAGAUAUUUGCAAGAAAAAGUAAAAGAAAUACAAGAAAAGGAAGCAUCAGAAUGUUUAGCCCAUGCCAGAAAACAGCACCAUUUUGACAGUAACCAGAGAACUUGUAAUAUGACAGUUUUAUCGAUGGUGUCUACGCUUCGUGAGGCGUUGAUAAGAACAUUUAACACUGAAGAGAUAACAGAACAACUGAAAAAUAACCCAGAAAAUAAAGUACAGUUAUGGGAAGACUUGAAAAUAAUGAGUUUUGCCAGAACCGUCAGUAUUGUAUAUAGUUGUAGUAUCAUGGCCUUACUUUUACGAGUCCAGCUAAAUGUGAUUGGUGGUUAUAUGUUCAUAGAUAGUAUGCACCAGCAAAAUGGGAAAACUGAAAAAAUUUUAAUUUCUAAAGAACUUCAGCAGAAAUAUUUAUCAGAUAUUCAGCAUUUCUUUAGCACAGGAUUAACAGAAUUGACAGAAACAGUGCAGCAUGUUGUUAGAAAGGAAAUAUUAAGUAUAUCCUUAAAGGAGAGAUUAACGAUAGAUAAUUUACAAGCAAUAAUCCAGCAGAUCAGAGAGAGAAUAGAAACGAGUCCAGAUAUAUCAGACUUAUCACCGACCUUUAUCUUAUGUAAAUAUAUGGUACCUUGUAUCCUGAUUUCUCAGCAGGAAGAAGAUGCCAUGUAUACCAGGCUUCAUACAGAAACGAAAGAUAUAAUAGAAAGUGCUGAUUUCCAUAGUGUAUUAAAGUUAUGUUUGGACCGAGGGUUUGCCAAAUUACUAGACAGUUUAGCAGACCAUUAUAAACACAUGUUAGAAGAUCAACAUAGACAAAAUUUCCAUGAAGUGGCAUUGCCUAUGGCCAAAUUAAUUCCUAUAGUGAGUGGGCUGUUACAUAAACUUUGUAGUGAUGCACCAAAUCCUUUAAUACAGGAGAUUUUAUUGUUAGAACCAACAAAGACCUUUGCUGCCAAUAUUUAUGAAGCUUUUAGUGAACAACAGACAGAACAGCUUGCAAUAUAACUGUACACCUGUGAUAAUUUAUUAACUGUUGUCUCUAAUUUGUUGCUUAAAUAUGAAAUAUAUUCAGAUGAAAGGCAUAAACUAUAGGCUCAUAUUUGCUCUUAUUUGGUUUUUUAAAAUUCUGAAAAUAAAAGAAAUGUAUGAUACAACUGAUGAUAGAUUUAAUGUCUGAAUCAAGAUUAUAUAAGGAUUAACUGUGGCUUGAUAUACUGUGGAUUCAUUGGGUACAGGGGAACCACGAAUUUAAAUGUUCAACAAAUAACAAAAUUUCUAAAGGAAUGUACGCAGACUUUGCCAAAACAACGAAAUUAGAUAUCCACGAAAAUGCAAGUUUUCCUCAAUCCACGAAAAAUUGGUACCCAUGAAAAAUAAAUGAAUCCACAGUAACAGUUAAAGCUAUGACAGCAUUAAAAUGAUGUCGUUAAUUGGAAAGAUGUUCCUGAUUUAGAGCAAAAAGCCAAAACUAGGCAAGUUAAACAUUAGAAAAGACAUGUAGAUAAUUUAAAACAACAAUAAUUCUGACCUCAAAUCUUACCCUUUCCUUUAAAUUUGUUAAGUUUUUUUAUAAUUAUUAUUAUUGAAUAUGUAUAUAUUGUAGAUCACCAAAAUCAUGCCAUCUUGACUGUAAUGAAUAAAAAAUUAAAUGAAAUAAAAUUUUAUAUGUUUUAAA